AAAGACAGAUAUUGCUUCACAAUAGUCAGUGGCAGCCCGAGGUUUCCCAGCACAAAACAGAAGGUUCAGGUUAAAAUUCCUUUGUCUUGUAGAUAUUGGAAAAAAUGACAUUGGCUUGUCCAGAUGCGCCUUAAGCACCAGUGUUAUGAGAUAGGGAGUUAUAAAUAGGUAGUAAAAGUUUGAGGGUGAAGUAGUCUUUUUUUUUCUUUUACAACUUUUUUCUUCAAUAAUUUGUGUAAAAACAAAAAAGGGAGUUUAAAGGAUUCAGUGUAUUGAUUAAAGAUGCCAUCUAUUGACUCCAUGGAUAUCUGCAAUUCAAAUGAGCCUCGCUGGGCAUCGCUAGGAUAAGCUUCAGUCAUCCUAUCAGAUCUCUCUAAAACCAGUCGGAUUUUCUUCUUAGUGACAGAUAUCUUCCAGUUUUCAAUUUACUUGUGAAGCAGGACUUGGCAAUAAAUGCUAUGUGCAGUUUUUAUUUGUGUCAAUUUGACAGUGUCUGCUUUCACAAGCAUCAUUAAGGAUAAUUUGUUUGUGAAUGGUUUUUUCUAAGUGAGACCUAAAGUGUUUGCUACUCCAGUCAUAGUGACGUAAAAUAUGUAUAUAUAAAAACUGUGAAGGAUUUGUUCUGGAAUAGAAGAAAAUCUAUGAAAAUUUCAUUGUUGGUCGAUUGAUUUUUCUCUGCCAUUGCAUAUAAGGUUAUAGUCGUAUUACAUGAUAGAAAUUGGACACAAGUUAGCAGAGGAGUAACCAUAUUGAUUUUUCUUUCUUUUGUCUGGCUUUACUCUAAAGUUUGGAACAUUUUUGCCUGCUUCUGAACAUUUGAUUGAUUGAGAAAAUGUAGACACAAAGCAGCCAUUUGUCGCUGUGGUGCUCUAUUUGAAUGGUUCAUGAAUUGGUAAAAUAGAAUUAGUAUAUGCAGCAGCUUUUAGGCUGUGGUGAGGAUGAACAGCCUUCUGAAUACCAUUGCUGCAGUGGUGCUACUCAGCACCGUGGCUGUCAACGCACAAAAUGUUGCACCACAAAUCACUCUGGAGGUUCGAAAUCUGACCGUUGCAGAGGAACUUGUUGUCAGCUUCGUUUGUAAGGCCUCCGGAAGUCCACAGCCCACAUUCCACUGGCAGAAAGACUCCAAUAAACUGAACACUAGGAGGAACAGAUUCAAAGUUUUUGACAUGCCGUAUGGCAGCGUUUUGAGAAUCGAGAUUGUUAGAAACAAAGACAGUGGUAGUAACUUUACUUGUGUGGCUGAGAAUGGGGUCGGAAAACCAGCCAAAAGCACCGGGCAUUUAAAGGUUUACCGCAUCGACAGGGAUGGUGGAAAUGAAUUUCCACAAGGAUAUCCUAAAAUCAUUGUCAACCCUGAGCUAAAAUCUGUAGAGAAAGACAAGCCCACGAUAAUGCAAUGCCAGGCAGACGCUAACGGUCACAAGUUUAACAUUGAAUGGUUCAAAAAUGGUGUCCCGGUGGAUCUGGGAGACAGCAAGCGACUAACAACCACAAGAACAGGUUCUCUACAGAUUGCCAAAGCCUUAGAGUCAGAUUAUGGAAAGUAUGAAUGUGUGGCUUCCAAUGAGUAUGGAGUGGCCUAUUCGUAUGCUGCUAUGCUGUACGUCAGAGUACGGAGAGUCCCUCCCCAUUUUACCCUUCCACCAAAGCGAUUGGAGGUGAACCCAAAUGGCAGUGUCAAUCUGACCUGUGUGGCAGUAGGCUCUCCGAUGCCCCAUGUCAUGUGGCGAGACGGUGCCUCAGAACUUGGAAAGCCUGUCAUAGGGAAAAAUGUCCUUCAACUAAAGAAUGUCACAGAAAGCAAGAACUAUACAUGUGUAGCGUCAUCUGAGCUCGGAAACAUCGAGCAUGUUGGGGAAGUCAUUGUGAGAGCCAAGGGUGUUGAUUCCGCCCCAGGAACACCUCCCAGAUAUGUUACAGCCAAGGCUCUGAACCCCACUACAGUCAGUGUGUCAUGGCUACCUCCAGAGAAACCAAAUGGCAUCAUACAGGGAUACCGAGUGUUUUACACCCUGCAAGCAGAUUUACCCAUAAUUCUUUGGAACAACAAGGAAGUCCAAUCGAACAGCAAUGAAACCAUAAUUACAGGCCUGAAGCCAAACGAUACGUAUACAAUAUGUGUCUUGGCUUAUUCCAGCAAAGGGGAGGGUCCAGUGUCACAACUUAUCACCGUCAUCACCAACGAAGGAAUCAACUUCGAGGUUCCGUCCCAGCCUCGUAAUAUUUAUGCCACGGUAACUGGACCCAACACAAUAGACGUGUCCUGGGACCCGCCGAGUCAGACGAGAAAUGUGGUCAGUCAGUACUGGGUGUACUAUAACGAUACAUACUUAAAACAGGGAAACAAAGCUGUGGUCAAAGGUACCGAGACCAAGUAUCAACUACAGGACCUAACCCCGGACACCGUGUAUACCAUCAAGGUGUCUGCUCUGUCCGAAAAAGGGGAGGGGGCAGCCACUCGCAUCAUCCAGGCAAAGACCCAACCGUUUGUACCAAGCGCCGCUCCUCAAGCUGUUAGUGGAAUGCCCUUCAAAGAUUCCAGAAGUGUCAAAGUCACGUGGAAACCUCCCCCAAAAGAUCAGCAAAACGGGGAAAUUAAAGGCUAUAAGAUAUUUUACGUCAAAUAUGACCCCAGUCAGACUGAUCAGGAUGCCACGAGCGUCUCCGUGGACGCUGAGAAUCAGGAGUUAGUUUUGGGCAAGCUUGAGAUCUUUACUGAGUACAAGAUCUGGGUUCUGGCCUUCACCAGUGUCGGAGACGGUCCGAAUUCACAACCUAUCCGAGUGUGGACCAAUGAGGAUGUUCCAGAUGAGCCUACUAAAGUAUCAGCAGAGGCCAUCAACUCCACUGCCAUGUUUGUUGAAUGGCGACCCCCAGAAGGCAGAGGCAGCAAUGGUAUUAUCCGCGGGUAUUACGUCUACUACUACGAGACCAACAACCGCGAUGAGAUGGUCGGACAAGAGAUGGUAUACGAUACGCACGAUGGAAACCGGAAUGAGGCGGUCAUAACGAACUUGAAGGCUGAUACUCAGUACUCGGUGCAGGUAGCGGGGUACACGAGGAGGGGAGACGGCAAACGCAGCAAGAAAAGGAUGGUCAACACGAAGGGAGCAGUGCCCACACCACCACGGGACCUGAACGCAGUUUUGCUGGACGAGGAACGACCUCAGGUCCAUGUGACUUGGAAGAUCCCUAAGCAGGUUUAUGGAAAUCUGAUGGGAUACCAGGUGAUUUGGGGUCGUAAAGGAGAAUCCUAUCAGAUGCUCAAUCUUCCAGUCAUGAGACAAAGCUAUAUAUCGGAUGUUCUAGAUAAGGGGGCUACCUAUGAAUUCCGAGUGAAGGCUAAGAAUGAAGUUGGUCUUGGUGAGAGAGCAUCAGCCGUCAUUAUAACCCCUGAUGGAACCCCUGCUGGAGCCCCCCAGAAUUUCUCAGCAGAAAGCCUGACAGAGACCAGCGUUGUGUUGGAGUGGGACCUGCCUGCCAAGCACCUGCAGAAUGGAGAAAUUGUUAUGUACCAGCUACUAUACCAUAAACUGGCCGAUUCCAUCAAUACUGAAGAUCUGAACAUCACGGGAUUACUGUAUGAAGUGAAAGGACUAGAGAUGAACACAGAUUAUGUGUUCCAGAUCCGAGCAUUCACGAGUCGAGGAGCGGGCCCAUGGAGCCCUCGAUACCUUCACCAUACAUAUGGGAGAAUGCCAGACAAACCACAGAAUGUGGCACUUCGUCGUAAGAGUUCCCACAAGAUUGAGGUCACGUGGGAUGAACCAAAGAUGGCCGUGGCCGGUUACCGUGUCUUUUACAAUGACUACCAAACCAACAAAAUGGAGGAAUGGUCAAAGAUCGACAUUGGUCCAUACACCAUUGCAGAUAUUGACAUUCCAGAAGACAAGUCAACAUAUGUUGUUAGGGUGCAGGCUAAGUCUGUAGAUGGCAGAUUUGGGAACAUGUCUGAGUCGGUUGUAGAAGCUUUUCUCAAUCCAUAUGUGGAGAUUGACCAGGUGAGAAAUUUCCAGGUGACUCUGCGAACAGCUAAUGAUGUUCAUUUGAGUUGGGAUCCUCCUGAAAAGCUCACCACUGUCGUUUAUUACCUAUUGCAUUAUAUGGGAGUUCAGUCCAGAAGAGUGAAAGGUCAACUGGUUCGACCCAAAUUCCACAGACCAGAACCCCUGCAGAUUCAAGGAAAACAAAAAAGUUUCACUGUUAACAAUCUGUUACCAAAGACUCUCUACACAUUUAAUAUCUCCGCCAUUUUCCGUGACGGUCAAACUGGGCGACCUCAGAUGGUGAGGACAUACACCCGCUUGUUAGCUCCUAUUGAAGUUCCUAAGCCCGAAGUGAAAGGUUACAGAAAACACUCAGUAAUUCUCAAGUUUGACAGAGCUAGCGAGGAGAAUGGGGAUUUGAGCUAUUAUUACUUAGUUGUGGUGCCACAGAAGGUUGCAUUACAGAAGGGUCCACAAGACUUCAAAGAAGAAGAGUUAGGGUUGAAGUUGAAUGAAACCACUAAUACGUUUUACGCGGACCCGAUGCCAUCCAAUUUUCCUGCGAGAAAUGUGUACAUCGCAGCGAAGUUCAAAGCUGAUCAGCUUCCAGAUGAGUUUACUCUGGGUGAUGGUGUGGAGUAUGGAGGCUUCACUAACAGGCCACUAGAUGUCGACUUCACAUAUAGAGUCUUCUUGAGGGCUUACACUGUAGAGAAGACUUUGUACAAGUCCAGCGAUUAUUCUGUUUUGUUGCGCAUGCAUCCGACAAACCCCACAGUAUCAGGAGGGUCUGACAUAGGCACCCAUCCUGGUUCCAAAGGUGAUCAGAAAAGCGAGGACGAUCCUGUGAAAGAAGAUGUCGCAAGCUCUAAAAGUGUCAUGAUUAUAAUGAUUGUAGCUCCAGUGUGCGCUGGUGUAGCCUUCAUUAUCAUUAGCUGUAUUUUGCUGGUGUGGUACAUGAGGAGGAAGUCCAAUAGAAAGUCUAAAAAUCCGGAUCCCUACCCUGGUAAAGUGAUAGUGGAUGUUCCCUCCCAUCCGUGCGAUCCAGUAGAACUGCGGCGCCAACAUUACCAGACGCCAGGUAUGAUCAGUCACCCGCCGAUUCCUAUACACAUGCUACAGGAACACAUAGACAAUCUAAAGUCCAAUGACAACCUCAAGUUCUCACAAGAAUACGAAUCCAUUGAACCCGGACAACAGUUUACCUGGGAUCAGUCCAACUACGAGAUCAACAAACCCAAAAACCGCUACGCUAAUGUCAUCGCCUACGACCAUUCCCGGGUCAUUCUGCAGCCCGAGAACGGCAUUCCUGGUAGUGAUUACAUCAAUGCAAAUUACAUGGAUGGUUAUAGGAAACAGAAUGCCUACAUUGCUACUCAGGGUCCACUGCCGGAGACAUUUGGGGACUUUUGGAGGAUGGUCUGGGAACAGAGGACGGGAACUGUUGUCAUGAUGACUCGUCUAGAGGAAAGGUCAAGGAUUAAGUGUGACCAGUAUUGGCCACACAGAGGAGCAGAGACGUACGGUAUAAUGCAGGUUCUUCUGGUGGAUGUCACAGAGCUUUCUACGUACACCAUCAGGACCUUCCAUAUAUCCAGGUACGGUUAUCCAGAGAAGCGUGAAGUGAGACAGUUCCAGUUCACUGCCUGGCCUGACCACGGGGUUCCAGAUCACCCCACCCCUCUUCUAAUGUUCAUGAGGAGAGUUAAAGCCAGUAACCCACCUGAUGCAGGCCCAUUGAUUGUUCACUGCAGUGCCGGGGUAGGACGAACAGGUGCUUUUAUUGUCAUUGAUGCCAUGUUGGAACGCAUAAAACAUGAGAAGACCGUGGACAUUUAUGGUCAUGUGACCUGCUUACGAGCCCAGCGUAACUACAUGGUACAGACCGAGGACCAAUACAUUUUCAUUCAUGAUGCUCUCUUGGAGGCGGUAACGUGCGGAAAUACGGAGGUUCCUGCUCGCAAUCUGUCAGUUCACAUCCAGAAGCUGAUGCAGCCUGAGCCCGGAGAAACUGUCACCGGCAUGGAAUUAGAAUUUAAGAGAUUAGCAAAUAUGAAGGCCAGUCCCAAUCGAUUUGUUAGUGCAAAUCUUCCUGUGAACAAAUUCAAAAACAGACUUGUUAACAUUUUACCAUUUGAAUCCUCGAGAGUAGCAUUACAACCUAUCCGAGGGGUGGACGGCUCAGACUACAUCAAUGCAAGUUUCAUAGAUGGCUAUAAAUACCGCCAGGCCUAUGUAGCCACACAAGGGUGUUUAGCAGAGACUAGCGAGGACUUCUGGAGAAUGCUGUGGGAACACAACUCUACCAUUAUUGUCAUGCUCACAAAACUCAGAGAAAUGGGCAGAGAAAAGUGCCACCAGUACUGGCCCAGUGAGAGGUCGGCCCGGUACCAGUAUUUUGUUGUAGAUCCCAUGGCGGAAUACAACAUGCCUCAGUACAUUCUAAGGGAAUUCAAAGUCACAGAUGCAAGGGAUGGACAGUCCAGGACUAUUCGUCAGUUCCAGUUCACUGAUUGGCCAGAACAGGGCGUUCCAAAGUCUGGGGAUGGCUUCAUUGACUUCAUUGGUCAAGUCCACAAAACAAAGGAACAGUUUGGCCAAGAAGGACCAAUCACCGUUCACUGCAGUGCGGGAGUGGGCAGGACUGGAGUGUUUAUCACACUGAGUAUAGUGCUGGAGAGAAUGCGAUAUGAAGGAGUUGUUGACAUGUUUCAAACAGUUAAGAUGCUGAGAACGCAACGACCAGCCAUGGUGCAGACAGAGGACCAAUAUCAGUUUUGUUAUAGAGCUGCCUUCGAGUACCUGGGAUCAUUUGAUCACUAUGCAACGUAGAGACAACUUAAUCAUAGCGUUGUGAACAAUUUCAAGUGAGUCGGUGGUUCUGUGAAGGAAAAACCAGAACAGUUUGAAAGGUAGCCAGAUACAGGGGAUACUUGUCAGCUCUUUGUUUACAUGUGCAAUAACAUUUAGUUAGAUUUAUCCAGACUUUCUGUGAUGUCCUUGGUGUGCAAGUGGCCCGUACAGAAAGGUUGAGGAAAACAAUGUUGACAUCUGUGUUGCCAAAGAAAUAAACUGAUUUCUGGUCUGUUUCUCUACAAUAGAGAAGACGAGUCCAAACUGUGAUUUUUUUCAUUAUUAGCCAUGGUGCUUGUGCAUACGUGUUAUUGUUCUAGAGACUGCUUCCAUAGUAUCUUGUCGGAGAUAUAUGCAUUGUGUUGACACAUCAUUUUAGGACGGAGACCUUGAAUCCUUCGUGAAGUUAAAAAGAGUAGUGUUAAAAUACACAGCACAGACAACAUUUCAGUUCAUAUUGCCGUAUGUGUGUGAUAUUUUAUGUUGCAAAUUGUCAUGGCUUACAAAUUUUAUAUAUCUGCUCAAUGUCGCUGAGGAUUCCUAACGUUUGCAGAUGCGUUGUGGAAUUAAAGAAUAUUUCGCAUAUGUGGAAAUCCAUGACUGUGUACAAGCAACUAAGAUAUGGAAUUCAGAUGUACAAUGAUUGUAUUGUUAUUUUUCUUCUGUAACGUAGUGCUAUGUCAGAUAUUCAUGCAAGCACAAGUGAUCGUUGUGCAUUUAAACAAUGACAUUGUUCCUUAAGUACAAAGAGUAAACACCUGCAUGUAGAAACAAGCAAGUUGCUUCUUACUGAAAGAUGAUUUUGGACGUAUUUGUUUUCAUGUUUUGGAUAAACAAAAUUCACUUUUUAUAAACAGGACGUCCCUAUCUCUGUGUGUAUAGGCCUAAAGAAUAAGCAUCUCUCUGUGUGUAUAGGCAUAAUAACGGAAUUCAGUGGUUGUUCUGGUGUUUGUAAAAUGGUAGUUUUGUUGUGCUUCUAUGUGCUAUUCAAAAGAAUUAUCUCUCAACAAAUCUUCAGAUGUUUUGUCUAUAACUACAGCAAGAUGAAAGGAAAUUUUGUAUCGUUUCCUUUGUAUUGUCUACAAAAAUAAGGAGCUUCAAAGUAGAGAAAACUUAAUGUUGGACUGCUAACUAUAUAUAUAUACAUGUAUUAUAUAAGAUUGGUGAAGAAUUCCCACCUAAAGAUAGUAUUGAAUAUGUAUAGUAUUGUAUAGAUAUAUACUUAAUGAAUUUUCAUUUUUUACACAUGGCAUUAUAAUUAGACCAAGGAUCAUUUCAUCCAUCUUCGCGUAUACAUAAGUCAUUCAGCAUCUCAUAUUCAUAAUGUUGACAUUUUAAUGUUAAAAGUUGAGCUGUGAUGAAUUCUCUUUUGACAGAUAUUUUUCCUUUAAAUUUCAGGGACAUGGUAUUUUUGGUACGAAUCAAAUUAUUUCUACACUAAUAAAUUUCCCCCACGCUAAUAUGUAAUAUACACUGAAAUCUAUUGCCCCUAUUGUGUGUUGAUAAAUGAAAAUCUCCCAGAAGUCAUUGCAUCACUGUGAGCAAGAUUUCUUUUUCUCGUUUUCGAGUUCUUUUGAAAAACUGUAAGCUUAAUUUUAGUAGAGAAUUCAGCAUAGUUUUUGUUUGUUUAUUUGGGGUUUGCAUCAUGUGUUAGUGUUCAUGACAAUGCAGUAACAUUACACAUCAUAUCAAAAUAGAGCACGUCGAGACCUUGGAUGGCUUGCACUUCUAAAUAAUUAAAUUCAUUGAAAACUACAAAAAUUUAACAAAAUACAUAACAGGGGUUUACAGACAUAUCAAAUUGUCAAAUGUGUUUUUAUCAAAAUUACGGCUAUGAUCUGCAAGAAAUUUACAAACACCACUUUCAGAACCUUUCUGAGGUUACAGAAUUUUUUUAAAAUUCUGCAAAAAAUUCAAGAUCAUGACAUUCAAGGCCUCAUUCUGAGAUCAUCUAAGAGAUGUAUAUAUUGUGAGAGAAAGAGAGAAAAGGUCUGUUCAAUUUCACACAACGUUUAUGUAGAUACUUGAUGUCUCAGUGUGUGUAACAGCUAGUUAUCUUUCAUUAUAUUCGCUAAACCAAGAAGAGAAUCUCGUUCUAAAUCCACAUAUAUACAACACAUCACUAUUAGAAUAUAUACAAGUAUUCUUCAAUGUUCUACAACAGUCAUGUACCAAUGUUUUUCAUUUUUUGAUCUUUUUUUUUUUUCUCCCCUCACAUUAUAAAGUUGAUUGUAAAAUUAAUGUAAAUUAAACAGCUUUAUGACAAGAACUUUUUCCUUCUUGUAUUUCCUCUCGACCAUCUGUUGGUUCUAAGAUUUUCUGAUGGAGUGGUUCAGUCAUUGUUAAGUCUCUCUAUCCGGCCACAGUGACGUGCAUUGUUGUUCUUUACAAGCUGCUGAGAUGUUGUGUUAUAACUAGAUCUGAUGUCAGUCAUCAAUAAAAUCAUAUUACUGAAACUCUCCCACA